AUGUCACAAAAUGAAUAUGACAAAAGUAAUUCACUUUUAAAUAUAUUUUCAAUAAAAAAAAUAACGUUAGAGAAUGAAACUCUACUAAAUUCAAAGAUACCAUGGGAAAUAAUUAAGAAUGGUAAUGUUAUUGAUUUAGGUUGUGGUAAUGGAUGGUUUUGUAGAGAAAUGAUUGAAAAAGGUGUAAACCAAAUUAUUGGUGUUGACAUUUCUGAAAAAUUAAUUAAAAAAGCAAUAGAAUUAAAUAAAGAUAAUAAUAAUAAUAAUAAUAAUAAUAAUAAUAAUAAUAAUAAUAAUGAAAAAUUAAAAUAUUAUGUCACUGAUUUAGAUAAUUUCCAACUUAAUGAAACUCCUUUUAAUUCAUUAAUUGGUUCAUUUGAUUUUGCAUUUAGUUCAUUUGUAACUCAUUAUCUAUCAGAUUUAGAAUCAUAUUUUAAAAAAGUUUACAAUUUAUUAAAAUCAAAUAAUAAUAAUAAUAAUAUUAAUAAUAAUAAUAAUAAUAAUAAUAAUAAUAAUAAUAAUAAUAAUAAUAAUAAUAAUGAUAAUGAUAGAGGUAGUAGUUUUAUAUUUUUAGCAGAACAUCCAAUGAGAACUUCAACAAAAUGUAUUGAAAAUAAAUUUAUAAAUCAUAAAUUUGAAGGUGAUGAAAAUUCAAAAAUGGUUUGGCCAAUUUCAGAUUAUAGUGAAGAAGGUAAAAGAGUAACUAAUUGGGCUGGAUCAAGUGGAAUUAUUAAAUAUCAUUAUACAAUUGAAACUUAUGUAAACACUUUAAUUAAAGUAGGUUUUAAAAUUGAUUAUCUAGGUGAAUUAAAUCUUGUAGAAAGACAAUUACAAUUUAGUAAUUCUGGUGAUAUAUCUAUAGAAGCAAAUAGACCAUUUACACUAUUUAUUAAAGUGUCAAAAAAUUAA